CCGGCUCCGGGACGCGGCUCCGGCAGCAGCGGGCGCGGAUCGCGGUGCCGGGAGCGAGGAUGCUGCAGCCCAGCCCCGGCCCCACGCGUGUCUGAGCCCCGUGGGAUGCCCCCGCAGCCCUGAGCCGAGGAUGGACGACAUCCUGGAGGUGGAGGGGGACCUCGCCUACGCCCUGUCCCACAAUGGCACGCUCAAUGGGACGCAGGACAACCAGUUUGUGCAGCCCGCCUGGCAGAUCGCCCUCUGGGCUGUAGCCUACGCGCUCAUCGUGCUGGUCUCGGUGGUGGGGAACAUCGUGGUGAUGUGGAUCGUCCUGGCGCACAAGAGGAUGCGGACAGUGACCAACUACUUCCUGGUGAACCUGGCCUUCGCCGAGGCCUCCAUGGCCGCCUUCAACACGGUGGUGAACUUCACCUACGCCAUCCACAACGAGUGGUACUACGGGCUGCUCUAUUGCAAGUUCCACAACUUCUUCCCCAUCGCCGCCGUCUUCGCCAGCAUCUACUCCAUGACCGCCAUCGCCAUGGACAGGUACAUGGCUAUUAUCCACCCACUGCAACCCAGGCUGUCGGCCACAGCCACCAAGGUGGUCAUUGGCAUCAUUUGGUUCUUGGCUUUACUGCUGGCAUUCCCGCAAGGCUACUACUCAAUGACGGCAGAGCUGCCCAGCAGGGUGGUAUGUUUGGUGGAUUGGCCAGUGCUUGAAACCAAGGUGUACGAAAAAACGUAUCACUUCUGCGUGACUGUGCUGAUCUACUUCCUGCCACUUCUGGUCAUCGGAUUUGCCUACACAGUGGUUGGCAUCACCCUCUGGGCUAGUGAGAUACCAGGCGAUUCUUCUGACCGCUACCACGAGCAAGUGACAGCUAAACGGAAGGUGGUGAAGAUGAUGAUCAUUGUGGUGUGCACCUUUGCGAUCUGUUGGCUCCCCUACCACGUCUAUUUCCUCCUGCAGUAUUUUAACCCGCACUGGUACAUGCAGACAUUUAUACAGCAGGUCUACUUAGCAAUUAUGUGGCUGGCCAUGAGUUCGACCAUGUACAACCCCAUUAUCUACUGCUGCCUUAAUGACAGGUUUCGCGUUGGCUUCAAGCAUGCUUUCCGGUGGUGCCCUUUCAUCAGUAGCAGUGAAUAUGAGGGGCUGGAAAUGAAGUCUGCCAAGUACCUCCAGACCCAGAGCAGCAUGUACAAAGUCAGCCGCAUGGAGACCACUGUGUCUUCAGUCAUUGGCAACACGGAGGAAGAACUUGAAGACAGCAACAAAGGGAAGCGCCUCUCUGUGGACAUGACAUCCAACGGCUCCUCCCACAGUGACUCUAAGACAGUCUCUGAGAGCCUGAGCUUCUAUUCCAACACCCUUUCCUAAAGCUGCCACCUAGCAAGCCACAGCCACAACACCCAGCCUCCUACCAUGCUCCCUGGCCUCCAUUCAAUGUGUAUCCAGGUGCCCUCACAUCUGCCUCUUCCUGCCCAAGAUGCUGCAGCUUUGCCGUGACAGUUGCUGCUGCUCACCCCUUCUGUCUGACAAAAUGUGACAACCCCUCUGCCCUCUUUGUGGUAUUGUGCAGGUGUUUGAUGUACUUGAUUCUUCACUAAUGACAUUGAGUGAAUAUGACUUCUCAUUUAUGGUUCAGCAUGACAGAAGGGCAGGGAAAAGGAAGGCCAAACCUAUUAGAAAGUUGUCCUAGAAUCGUCAUUCCUGGUCCUGCUAUGCCCUUGAAUGUGAAAUGCAGUGUUGGCAUUUCCCCAGCCUCUUCCCGUCUUUGUUGAUGAACCUACCUACUCCCAUGCUCUGUGCUGGAAGCUCAGGAAUAAGACAGAGGAACGAUAUCAAGAGGGCACAGUCAGGCAGGCUGUAAUUCAAGAGUAAAUGCAAAGUUAGCAUCCAUCUCCUUGCUUACCGAGCAGAUGUUGCAGACAAGGUUCUUUGGGUAAAUCCAAUAUCUUGAAUUAGGCCAACUCAAAUAGUUGGAAAAAAAUCUUCUUAAUUAAUAAGGCCAUGCCUUAUUGUCACUCUCUCCUGCUCCUUGCCCUGUUCUGGAUUUUGCUUAGUGUAAUCUAGAACAGAUCCUGUAGUAAAAAAUCAGGACUCCUGUAGGACACCACCCUGCACUCAGCCUGUUUAGCCUCUUCUGUUCCUAGAUCUGAGAACUUCAAUUCAACUUUUGAUUGCAUCCUCCAUCUGCUAGGCUCCCCAUGCACAAUGCAAAAUUUCUGGGGUAUUUGUUCCAGGGCCCAAUAUGUUUAAUUAAAAAUGGAUACCAGAAUGCAAAAAGAGGGAGCAACCACUGUCACAAAACAUGGUUUGCCAAUUGAACAGAAGUCUGGCAACUAACGUGCCUCCUAUUUUUCUCAAGGCAGUCAGUAACGGUGUCCAACAAAUAUGCAGGGUUUUUUGGCCUUUUCCUAAAGGAUUUUCCUCAAGGCAGCGAUAUAUUGUGAGUGUGAUUUGAAGAGUAUUAGGAGAAGGGGGAGUCAAAAAUAUACAGAAGCAUUUGUUUCACAAGGUUAUCACAUACUAGCUAAAAUUACUUAGCAGUUGUAGACAGAACCGUUUCUACCGGAAACUGCAGUUUUGUCAAAAAAAUCUAAAUGUUUUGUGAGUAUGCAUCAGUUUCUAUGACACUUCUGACAGCCAAGUUCUAAACAAAUCAUUUUAACUUCCUUGUUUUGUUUCAAUCCGGUAAAAAUUCUUCUUUUUGGCUCUAUCCUUUUUUUGGUGUUUAUACUAUUACAUUUAUUAUAGAUCUAUAUUUCAUAUUUUUGUAUAUUUAUAUUAUACAGUUUCACCUUGACUGAGAUCAUUUCCCGUAUUGCAGUGAAAUGGUUGUGUUUCAGGUUAGGUUUUUAAAUUUCUCUUACAUGAAAAUUUAAUUUUUGGUUCCAGUUGGAGGGAAAACACAUUUCAGGAUGUCAGAGUUUUCCAUGGGACAAAACCUCAGCUCGAAUGUUACAUUAUUAUCAAGAUCUAAUGUUGAUUAUCAAGUUUGCAUUAGACCUAUUAUAAACCUUGGGUGCAUGAAGCAGCAAUAAUAUUAUUUGCAGCUUGUAAAAUGCUGGUCGCUAUAAGAAACUGAAAUGCUGUACACAGGAGUACAGUGAUUUAGAUACGGAAUAGGGGAGCUCUGUGUGUACCCCUGUACACCCACUGAAAUGUAAGGUGUUAAAUCAGCCAUCAGUUGGUCAGGUUCUUUACUAUUCAGCCUGUGAAGUGGCUGCCAAAGGAUAUAGCUGCUAUAUCAAUCCCCAACUUGAAUAAUUUUUCUAGACAGAAAUACUCUUAUGUAAAUAGGAAUGCCCAGAGAAAUUUUCUGAACCCACAGAUUUCUCUAGUCAGAGCAUUACUGCUGCUAGGUGCAGCUGGCAAGAGCCUCCUUGUACCCUUUUAGUCUACGUUCUACCCAACUCCAUCGCUCAGAAGCAGUCUUCUGGACACUACAUGGGGCCAGGGCCAUGUCAUUCUUUACAGCCGUGACUUCGUAGGGUUACAGGGUGCUACCCUUGACACACAACACUUGCUACCAUUAUAACCGCCCAUAAAUGGCCCACUUCUCCUCCCAUUCUCAAGAAGAUCUCAUCUUCUUUAUCCUGUUUCCUUGCUGCCACUACAUCCGUCAAGCCACUGUCCACUGACAUCUUUGACAUGGGGAAUUGGAAAGGUCAUGGAUGUAGGUGAGGAUUUCCUACAUGCAGACUUCAGCCCCACCUGACAGCACAGUCCUCCCACCACACCAUCGAACUGCCACACAGCGCUCUAGUAGCCAAAAGACAGCAUACGCCUGGUAAACUGAAAUGCCUUAAUGAGCUCCUAGUGAAUGCACUGUGCUGGGUGCUUGCUCUAACCUUGGACUGUAUUGUAACAAAUUAUUUUAAUUGUGGGGGAGGUUGUCUAACAACCCUUCAGCCAAGCAUCCUGGAGCUGUACUGCCAAUACGUUAAGAAGGUGCCACAAAGCACAACUGAAUCUUGAUGCCAGCUCUGAGCCAAAGACUGACUUGCAUGUGCAGCCCCAUUGUGUCAUGCUGGUGAGAACAAGACUAGUGGCUGACUUAUAGUAACUUUCCUAGCAACCUUUAACUCGUAAUGUGGGGGAAUCCCAAAGACAUGCAUGGGGAACAGCAAUGAGGUUGCCAGAGCUUGUCACAUGAAGUAUUUCUUGUACAUAUUGUCCAAACUUCCAGCUGAUGCUCUUCAUACCUAAGUGUUUUUACUUCAAGUAAUAGCUUGCAGCGAGGUAGUAAUAGGAAACGUUACCACUUUCUGUUGUGAAAUUUAAGCUCCAGGGCACACAGUCACUGGCAUCUGUCUCGUCUCAGUGUUUACAAAGUGUCUUGAAUUGUUUAGAAAGUUGGGGGAGGGAGAGCUGUUCUUAAUAACAUGCAUGUCAAUAGCAUGAUACUUGCAGAGUCUGCAUCUUAAAGCACUAUCUAUCAUGCAGGUGCCAGCUGGUUAGCCCUAAACAUGGUUCUGCCUUUUUACACAAGUGAGCCAGAUUCCCAAUGAAUUUAAAUAGGUAUAAUGAUAAUGACUUCAGUGGAGCCUUUGCAGCAACUCCCUUGAUGUGGCCCAGUUGAUUGGGAAUGUGGCCCAAUUAAGGGAACACUUCCAAGGAAAAAGGCAUUAAAAAUAUGUGCUCCUUCCUCUUAGAUGAAGCCAAGGUUAAGAAACACAGGCUGUUCUGUGCAAGCUGUUCAGGGCUGCACACUAGAGAUGGUGCCACGUCCAACUUCCCUGAAGAGCCAGGUCACUGGAAUGAGGUGGGUGGUUUCCACCUGUUGCAGAGACAGACUGUUUUCAGGAUAUGAGGGUCUGGAGCCAAGUUUGGAGAUGGACUAUUGGCGCAGGCCCAUGUGCCGGAUGGGUACAGGAGUCUCAAACAAGUAACCUAGUUCUGGUGACUUGCUGUGCUGUGCAGCCACGAUCUCUGCCUGCAAGUCCUCAGUGCUGAUUAAAGAGCUCAGGAAAGAAACAUGGCGGGGGGGAGGGAAUAAAAAAAACCCACAAGCAAAUUGUGAGUCUAGUCAAAAUGAUAUUACAUUGUUCCUGUCAAAUGAGUGAGCUGUAACAGAGACCUUGGGCUCUGUGAAUUUCAUUAAGCCUGUUCUCAGGUUUAUUUUCAGUUCUCUGACCAGAAAUCCAAUUGCAGAACAUGAUGAUUUCUUUUCAUCUUUCCUGACUUUUUACAAUGUAGAAUACUAAUGUUCCGAGAUAAUCACAGCAGAGGUCUGUCUCCAUUAUACCACAGGCAUGACUCCCGCUGACAUUACCGGGAGCUGCCAGUGCUCUUCUGGCAGGGAAGAGAUGCCCAAGUACAAUCCAUAGCAGUAUAUUUACUGCUGCAUUCGCUGCUGACGUGCCAGAAUCAAUGUUGUAUUUUUUUCUGCUUCCACAUAACCUUAAGAUUCAAGUAGACAUGGCACCAAUGCAAAACUCUGCUGCUAAUGACCCCAAGACACUGGUGGGUCUUUCUCUCUCUUCCUCCUCACAAGAAGCUCCUUUUGAGCCAAGCCAGAUCUCCAUAUCUAAAUGUGCCAAAGCUGAAGCUGAGAUCUAAAACAAUCUCCCUUGUGCGGACUGGUAGGAUGUGUCCCGUCUCUUCCAGGAACCAGCUUUCCCCUAGGAGGCUGGUAUUCAGAUAUGUUGCUGCAAAUAGGUAGAACCUGCCUCUUGACCCUGGUCUGUCCUUGCCAGUGCCCUGAUGCAGAUGAUGACACUAGGCUCAGACAGGGCGCAUUACUUCACCAGGCCCUGUUAUUUCUCCGUGAGAGAGCAGACACUGGAAGCACAAUAUCUAGGGGCAGCAAAGACACUGUCUUUACAAUGCCAAGGCUUUGUCUCAGAGCAUCAGACUUUGCAUCUGCAGAGCUGAGCCAAACUGCUAUGCACCAACUAGCUCUGGUGGUUUCAGAGAUCCAUCAAACCCCUGGUCCUACUCCCUACACAAAAGCCUACGAAACCAAGGUGUAGAAAGCUGAUGUUCUAUUGUUCUGCAUGAAAUUGGAGCUUUUAACCUCUUCUUCCUGAUAGCUUAGGAGAGGCAAAAAUACCAAGUUUACUGUGUGUAAGCCUGCCCAAGCAUGUACAAAUAAAUAGUAGAAAUAGAGCAGGAAGGAACAGGGCACACUCCAUCCUAUUUCCCAGGAAAGAAGACAUUUUUGCAGACAGGAGAAACUGCCCUCACUUGCAACCCAUGCAAGGAAAGACAGUUCACUCUAGCUGCUAAGCAGGGACUCCACCUACAAUGUCCAGCUUCCCACAUCUUUAAUAAUUGCUCCCAGGCUUGUAUUAGAAUCCCAUCAGUGUUCCCAAGAGAAGCUGCUUAGCUCAAGAGGGGAAAGACCAGCCCCUAUGAAGCAGUCUCGAUUUACUACAUUCCUCUAGGAAAGAUGAGCGUCUGCAGUUUAUGAUGUUUAAGUAAUGUAGAAAAAAAGCCCAGUGGCUCUCGACAAGUUAUCCCAGAUGCCCUUGGCUGGGAAAGUGGGAUUGCUUCUUCUCUGUGGGAGAAUCCUUCAGGAUUCACAAAGUACGGUUGGCUUCAUGACUAUACUCUGAGAGUUGCAAUUCUUUUUCUGAUUCACAAGAAGAGGCUUCCAGACUCAAGUGUUUUAAUCUGAUACUUGUAAUUCCCCUUAAUACAUAUAUACCCAGCACAAAAUGUGUCAGAUCCCAGGGCUCAUAGAGGUUUAUCACCUUGUCAGUCCCCUUGUCCACAGCCCAAUAUUUUAACCAUCCAAAAUGCCAUGCGCAUGGAGGGCUGAGCCAGUCGUGUGGCAGCUUAAAACCCCCUGGUUACAGCUCACCAUACCCUGGGGAAGAGGACAAUAAAAUCUCAGCAACAGCUGGAGAAAGAUAAAAGAAAUCAAACUUAGCUUUCCCUAGCCAUACGCUCUACAUCCCAGACAAAGCGAUUCUAAUUCUGUAUAAUACGAUACACUUAGGGAAAUAAAAAUCACUGCGUGAUGUACAAAUAGCUUGUGAUGUUUCAUUCAUGGUCCAGUUAAUUAUAACAGCAUUAUUUGAAAUGGCCCCUGUAGUAGCUCUGUGUAAGAGAACAAAUCUACAAUUGGUGAUUUGGUUUCCUGUUACAUCAGAACAAAUUUUCACAAUAAAUGUUUAUUUCGU